AUGAGGACGAGGCGAUCUGCCCGACUCGAGGCUGGCGAGCAGGCUCGCGCCCAAGGAGAAUCCCAGAACGAAGGCAACGCCCAUACUCAAGCAAGAUUUGAUCUCCGCGAAGAGCCCCGAAGCCCUCAGAUUGUUUUCAAGAAGCGCACCGCUGCCAACCGGUGGGCUGCUUCUAGAGUCCUUACCAGCUCGCGCUCGCCACUUACGAAGUGUGACCUGAGAUCCAUCUUACGAAAUCCAGCUGCUUGGGAAGUCCUCUCCCCAGAGGAACAAAAGGAAAUCAUCGCACACUUCCCGGACGACGAGCACAUCCUCGACGCAGGUACUGACGAGGCCCGACCCAACAUCGAAUCUCUUCUCAACGACGACCACUUCCGCUACGACUGCACGCGGUAUAUCGAGGACCUCUCGCUGGGCAAGCACGACGAACAGUGGCUCGCUGAGGCCUGGGAGGCGAGCGAGCGUAGGAAGGCGGGUGACUACGACGAGUACCUGGCUCGCAAGUUUGAGGACGAUUGGGGCCAGGAUGGGGAGGAGAAGGAGACCACCCCGACGGAUACGAGGGGCAAGCGAGAGGAGGAGCAGAAAGGAUGA